AUGGCAACAACACAUGCUACGCUUGUGCGCAAGCAAACGCGCGAUGUCAAAAACUUGGGAAGCUUGGCAUUCGUCUUUUCCUUAGAUGGCUUGUAUCUCGAUGUUCCCGCCGUCAUUGCUGUAGCGCGUCACGGACUCGUUCCUCGCGUGAAGGAUGACCAAGUAAUUCGAGAUCGAAUAAGCCAGAGUAUCAAUGUCCUCGACCACCAUGUCGAGAACGGCUGGGUCGUGUACGGUGUCAACACGGGCUUCGGCGGCAGCGCCGACUCACGGACGGAACAGCACAAGCGACUACAAAUUUCUCUGCUCCAACACACUCAAAGCGCCAUCAUCGCCUCCUCUGACAUGACCGACAGUCAGAUUGAUCAAGACGGACAGUCUCACGUCAUUCCCACGGCUUGGGUGAAAGCCGCCAUCGUGAUCAGAGCGAACCAAAACCUCCGCGGCCAUAGUGCCGUCAGACUGGAGGUUAUCGAGACCCUUCUCAGCCUUCUCCGUCACGACAUCACGCCGUUGAUUCCUUUGCGAGGCACCAUUUCGGCAUCCGGGGACUUGAUGCCCCUAUCUUACAUCGCGGGAACUCUUACCGGGGAUCCCAACAUUUCCGUCACCAUUGGAUCAGGCCCCAGCAGAAAAGUCAUGUCUGCCCGCGAUGCAUUGAAACAACAUGGCAUACAACCUGUUGAGCUGCAACCAAAGGAGGGCUUGGGCCUGAUCAACGGGACUGCACCCUCUGCUGCAUUGGCUACAUUGGUAAUUCACGAAGCGAACCAACUCGCAGUCCUCGCCCAAGGGCUUACUGCUUUCACAUCCGAGUGCCUACUUGGUAACGUCGAGUGGACUAAUGAGUUCAUCCAUAGAAUUCGACCUCACGGCGGACAGAAAGAAGUGGCCAACAAUAUUCGCAACUUCCUCAAGUCCUCCAAGUAUGUGACUGGUCUGGAAGGUAAGAAACGGACGGGCCAAGGUCUAUGGCAGGACAGAUACUCGACACGAACCGCGCCACAGUGGAUGGGCCCGUACCUCGAGGACCUUCAACUGGCAUAUAGGCAAAUCCGGACCGAGCUCAACUCAACGUCCGACAACCCAGUCAUCGACAUAGGCGUUGGCGGCGAUGUUGCCGCAGGUGACGUGUACUCGGGAGGCAACUUCCAAGCGACUGCCAUCACCUCUGCCAUGGACAAGACCAGAACGGCGUUGCAGAUGAUCGGGCGAAUGCUCUUCUCCCAGUGCUCCGAGCUGAUCAACCCGGCCACGAACAACGGCCUCGACCCGAACCUGGUCUUUGGAGACCCUGAUCAGUCCUAUACAAUGAAGGGCAUCGACGUCAACAUGAGUGCCUACAUGUCAGAGCUGGCUGCGCUCGCGCAUCCCGUCUCGUCACACGUCCAGUCGGCCGAGAUGCACAACCAGGGCAUCAACUCCCUCGCAUUUCUCUCAGGCCGCCGUACCAUGGAGGCCGUCGAUGUCUUAUCGCACAUGUGUGCCGCUCACCUGCUGGUGUGCUGCCAGGCGGCUGACUUGAGAGCCUAUCACGAGAAAUUCCUCUCCUCUGUGUCCUUGUCGCCUUCCAUGACGAACUUGGCUUCCUUGUUGGUAGCAGAUAAGGACACCAAGAGCAACGGUCAGACCACUGAUACAACGUCAACGGCCACUGGUUUGGACGAGCUGGUCAGAGUGUGGUGGUACGGAGCAAACAAGUACAGCCACACCCAGCGCUGCUCCAUCGUUGCCUCGAAAGCCGCCUCCCACAUUGUGGAUACGAUAGCCCACGACGGAUCUAGCUCCGUCUCGUUGAUGGAAGUCCUGGCUGUCCGAGACGAGUUCUGGCAAACCAUGGAAGUGUGGGUCGCCGACCCGUCCAAGAACCCUGACUCGAGACACACGCACCCUGAAGGACUAGGACGAGGCUCUGCAGCGCUUCACAGUCUCGUGCGCCAGGAAUUGGGAGUCCAAUUUCACCAGGGCCUUAGAGAAGAACAGUCUAGUACUAUUGGCACCAGCGUUUCAAAGAUUUACGAGGCCAUCCGCCAGGGUUCCGUCAUCCAGAAAAUAUUGCCCUGUCUUUUUCACGAUGACGGAGAGAUUGAAAGAUAUAUCAGUGACGGCGGAGCGUGGGCUCGCAACAUGCCGAGCCAGCCCCUAGUUGAUGGCCAGUACCUGUCAGCGUCGCUGGUACAUGAGCGAGAACAAGAAACACUGAAGAGGAAGCGGGAGGAGUAG